AUGGAACGUCGAUUAGAUCACAUUCUGGAUAUCUGUCGAAAUAUUUCAAGACGCCGAGGUGUUCACUCUGUUAUUGCUAUGCAAGUAGCUGGAUUUGUAUAUACAAAUGUUGGUGAUACAGUUCGGUGCAAUGAUUGCCGACUAGAAGUAUCCGGUUGGACAGAAGCCAUGAUUCCUUUUACGAUUCAUGCAGAACGCAGUCCAAACUGUUCAUUCGUUCAUUUCAUACGAGCAUCUAAUCAAAGUGUUGCUUUAUCAUCAUUGACGUCACCAAUCACUUGUCUAAACAGAGUCAAUAGAGAAUCAACUUGCGAGAACAUUUCCGAAAAUAAAAAGCUCGAUGGAAUUGAAGUAAAACUUCAUCCACAUAUGUUCGCAAAGCCGGACAAAGUUGAACAAAGUCGUCGUCGAACUUUCUCGAGAGCGACUUUUCAAUGUACAUCGUGUCGAGAGCAGAUGAUCAAAGCUGGCUUCUUCAGUUGUAAUAUUGGUGAUCGAGUCAUUUGUCUUGACUGUAAUCUUAUUUGUCAUCAAUGGAUACUGCAUAGCGAUGAUCCAUGUGAGGUGCAUCAAACUCUCUCGCCCGAAUGUCCUAUUGUGAAAAACAUGCGAAUACCCAGUCAAGCUGCAUCUCCAUCAAUUGUUAAUGCUAAUUCGACGACCAAUCACACAGCAGGCGCAGUUGUAGUAGAUACAUUUCGCUCCAAUGGAAUCGUUCCCAUUGUACCUCAGAAUUUAGGCUAUGUAGAUAUUCCAACACGCAGUGCAUCAUAUGCUACUUGGACAAAUGGAACUCUGCCCACUGUUGAGAAAUUUGUUGAGGCAGGAUUCUUUUAUACGGGUAAUGGCUCAAUUGUUACUUGUUUUUACUGUCGUGGAUCGUUGCAAGGUUGGAAUGCCGAUCAUAAUCCAAUGAUUGAACAUGCCAGAUCGUUUCCACACUGUGCGUACGCUAAACAGCUCUGUGGAGAUGAUCUUCAUCGAACAAUUCAGGAAUCGACGCGAGAUGGUCAAAGACUCACACGGACCAACAAUUCAACAACAAGUAAUACUUUUGAUGACCAACAACUACACAUAACCGAUGAAAACAUGCUGACAGAUCUGAUAAAUGCUCGUCUGAGACUGUCUAUGUCUCAAAAAUUGCUUGCUCAAGGUUUCCCAUUGUCGAUUAUCAAGCUUUAUUGGAAAAAUCAACUGAAAUUAAAAAUUUUAGAAGUCGUCUUGGAAUCUGAAUGUGAUCUACAAGUGGCUUGUAUCAUUCUUCAAAGACAAAUGAUUCAUAUUGAUAGAAGAAAAGAGCAAAUUAUUAUUCCUGCUGAGGGAAUGCGUCAAAUUCAUGAAAAACAACAACAAUCAAGAACCCGUGCUGCUACAGUACAAAUUCCGGUUCAAGAGACUGCACUGCCAACAAAUGCGUUGAAUGCUACUGAUAUCGGAAUGAAUGUAAUACCAGAACCAUCAAUGAAUCAGGCGAUUCCAAGAGAAUUAAUGCCAGCAAAUCUGUGUAUGUUCUGCUUAAGUGAAGAAAGACGUCUCGCUUUGAUGCCGUGUGGUCAUAUGGGCACUUGUCUUGCAUGUAGUCGUUCGUUUAAUUCAUGCCAUAUAUGUGGACGAAUGAUCAAAACGUUUAUUCGUAUAUACAUUUCAUGA